UCUCCGGUGGCAGGGCCUCGGGGCUGGCCUCGGACGGCCAGUUGGCUCCUAGAGAAGUCCCGGGGUCGAGGGAGCAGAGAGCAGGACUCCUUCCGGCCGGCGAGCCGCGCAGGGCGGGGUGCUGGGCUCCGGAGCAUCCCGGGCGCGCGCGGCACCGGGUCACGUGAAGAGGCCUGGGCCACGUGACCCGGCGGGCCCGGCGCCCUCGCGCUCGGCCUCCGGCUCCUCCCCUUCGGCGCCAGCGCUCGCUCUCAUUUUUUUUGGUCGGCGGAGCUUCCGAGGUCCCUGCGGCGCUCUGGCGGCUGGGCACGGCAGCAGCUGGCCUCGCAGCAGAGAUGUCGGCUUAUUUAUAGGAGUUGCUUGAAGCCAGAGUCAUGGUGGAUGUAGGGAAGUGGCCAAUCUUCACUCUGCUGUCACCUCAAGAAAUUGCAUCUAUUCGGAAAGCAUGUGUCUUUGGCACCUCAGCCAGUGAAGCACUCUACGUUACUGACAAUGAUGAGGUCUUUGUAUUUGGACUGAACUAUAGUAACUGUCUAGGAACUGGAGAUAACCAGAGUACACUUGUACCCAAAAAGCUAGAAGCCUUAUGUGGAAAGAAGAUUAAAAGCCUUAGUUACGGGAGUGGACCACAUGUUCUUCUCAGCACUGAAGAUGGGGUGGUUUAUGCCUGGGGCCACAAUGGAUAUAGCCAGCUUGGGAAUGGGACCACCAACCAAGGCAUCGCUCCCAUCCAGGUGUGUACCAAUCUCUUGAUUAAGCAAGUGGUUGAAGUAGCCUGUGGCUCACAUCAUUCAAUGGCUCUGGCAGCUGAUGGAGAGGUGUUUGCUUGGGGGUAUAACAACUGUGGUCAGGUGGGAUCAGGUUCUACAGCAAAUCAACCAACUCCUCGAAAAGUUACAAACUGUUUACAUAUUAAGAGGGUGGUUGGCAUUGCCUGUGGUCAGACAUCAUCCAUGGCCGUUCUAGACAAUGGUGAGGUGUAUGGCUGGGGCUACAAUGGCAACGGCCAGCUGGGCUUGGGAAACAACGGCAAUCAGCUGACCCCUGUGAGAGUGGCAGCCUUGCACAGUGUUUGUGUGAACCAGAUUGUCUGCGGCUAUGCACAUACUCUAGCACUAACAGAUGAGGGCUUGCUCUAUGCCUGGGGAGCUAACACAUACGGGCAGCUGGGAACUGGCAAUAAAAAUAACCUGCUAAGCCCAGCACACAUCAUGGUGGAGAAAGAAAGGGUAGUGGAGAUCGCAGCCUGUCACUCUGCCCAUACGUCUGCUGCUAAGACCCAGGGAGGGCACGUGUACAUGUGGGGCCAGUGCCGGGGCCAGUCGGUGGUCCUCCCCCAUCUCACCCACUUCUCCUGCACCGACGACGUGUUCGCCUGCUUUGCUACUCCCGCUGUCUCGUGGCGCCUCCUGUCUGUGGAGCAUGAAGACUUUUUAACAGUUGCAGAGUCACUGAAGAAGGAAUUCGAUAGUCCAGAAACUGCCGAUCUGAAAUUUCGAAUUGAUGGGAAAUAUAUUCAUGUGCAUAAAGCUGUUCUGAAAAUCAGGUGUGAGCACUUUCGUUCCAUGUUCCAGUCGUAUUGGAACGAGGACAUGAAGGAAGUGAUAGAAAUCGACCAGUUCUCUUACCCCGUGUAUCGUGCCUUUCUCCAGUACCUCUACACAGACACGGUGGACCUGCCACCAGAGGAUGCCAUAGGUCUUUUGGAUUUGGCGACAUCUUACUGUGAAAACAGACUGAAAAAACUUUGUCAGCACAUUAUCAAGCGAGGAAUCACUGUGGAGAAUGCCUUCUCAUUAUUCUCUGCUGCGGUCAGAUAUGAUGCAGAGGAUUUAGAAGAAUUCUGCUUUAAGUUUUGCAUCAAUCAUUUGACAGAAGUUACACAGACUGCAGCAUUUUGGCAAAUGGAUGGCCCUCUGCUAAAGGAAUUCAUUGCUAAAGCCAGUAAAUGUGGAGCCUUUAAGAACUGAAGCACAAGGGCGCUGGGUCUUGUGUGAGUGCUCUGGGGCACUGUUGUCCAGCUUGUGCUCUACGGGUAAUGCGAUUCUGCAGGUAAAAAACCAUCAGGUUGUUUUUCCCACAUCUGAGACACAGUUCUCUGCGUAGGAAUAUAUGAAAGAUGAACGGCUUUUCUUGAGCCCAUUUUAAAUAACUCGUUUCCAGAUAUGUGUAUCUUAAAUGUGGCCUUUCUUACAUUUGGCCUGGAACGUUGUAAAAGGGAGAGAGUUUAGCUGUUCUUGGUUUUGUUUUAAUUUUUUUGAUUAGAGGAACUUCUGAA